AUGCUUACUAAUACAGAGCAAGACAAUACGAAAAGUAUAGUUAUGGAUUACUAUGACUACUACGCUCAAGCUAUUGCAAAAAAGGUCACUCCAAGACCCCUCCAACACGAAUACAAGGAUUACAAAGACCCAGGGUUCAGCAUUGGCACGAAGAAUGAUAGCAGUGAGAAAUAUGUAGGAAAUGGAUGUAUUGAUGGAUACGACGACGAGUAUUGCGACGACGAGUAUUGCGACGACGAGUAUUGCGACGACGAGUAUUGCGACGACGAGUAUUGCGACGACGAGUAUUGUGACGACGAGUAUUGCGACGAAUGCGACGACGAGUAUUGCGACGAAUGCGAAGACGAAUAUUGCGACGAAUGCCAUGAAAAAUACUGUGACGAGUGUCACAAUGGAUGUAACGACGACUGUUGUGAUAGAUGCGACAGCGAUUGCUGCAAGGAAUGUGACAAUGAUUGUGAUGGCGAGUGCUGCGAUGAAUGUUGUUAUAGGCGUAGUUGUUAUGAAUCUAGCUACGAUGAUGGUAGUUGUCAUAGUUUGUAA